AUGGCAGACGAUGAUGAGUGCUGGGCUGGCCCAGAGGAAGGGGAAGAAAGCGAGCUCGGGUCCAGCGAGCUUGACGACAUCCCUCUUGUGCUGAGCGAGUCUGACGCCAGCCCAGGUCCCUCAACGCCCCCUUCAGCAAGAUCGGAGCGCGCAACUAGUGCGCGGGGGCCAGGCAUAUCAGACGCCAACGACAGGGCGGCGUCGAGCGAUGCAGCAGCAGCCAAGCAGCACGAGCAGCAGCAGCAGCAGCAAGAGCAUGUAUGUGACCGCCCACGGCCGGUUCCGCCUAGGUUUGCACUGCAGCUGCCAGCCCCCAGCGGCGGACGCAGCGCUCUGCAGCUGCCUGUGCCGCCAGGUGCCACUGCAGAUGGCGGGGAUCAGCAGCAGCAACACCAGGGCAGCACACACCAAUCUUUGCGCCAAAUGCCCCGCGUUCCCCAGCUGAUCGGCUUUAGCGAUGAUGCGGCAGGUGGUGGCGGCGGGCCCUACACGCGCGGUGCAAAGCCGCCUCCGCUGGCGCUGUUUGUAACGUCAGCAUCGUCCCCUGCGCACAGCCCGGCCCGCGGCCCCGACGCCGCCGCCGGCCGCAUGCAGUUGAACCUGCAGCGGCCAGGCAUGCAGCAGCAGCAGCAGCAGCAGCAGGCGGCGGCCAAGGGCGAGGUGACGAUCCAGGUGCAGCUGCUGCUGCCCGCGUUUGACCUGGUUUUGCCAGCCGCGUCCCGGCGGCGCAGCAGCGACGCCGCGGAGGGCGCGGCGCCGGCCGGCGCGCCCGAUCCCGCCGCUGUCCGCGACGCCAUCGCACGCGCGCUUGGCGUGCUGCCGCAGCAUCUGCUGUUCCACAGCAGCGCCCAGGGGCCCUCAGACCUUCCGUGGGGCGCGCCAGCCGCAACAGCCCCUGGUGGCACGGGGGCCAGCGACGGCAACUGCGCAGGGAACGGCUGGCCCGCGCGCGGCGCUGCCAGCAGCAGCAGCAGCCGGCUAGCAAGCUCAAGCAGCAGCAACAGCAGGGGCGGCGCGUGCGCGGCCGCACCGCCGCCCCCGCCGGGCCCCGGCCUGGUCGUGGUCUCCCUGUCUGACGGGGCGUGCAGCUUCUGCCUGGCCGACCUGGAGGACUCCCUGCGGCGCGCCGAGCUGGCCGCCGCGGCGCUGAAGGAGCAGCAGGCGGCCCACGAGGCGCUGCAGGCGCAGCUGGUGCUGCGAAGCCUGGAGGUGGCGGAGCGGGCGGCGGACGCGCAGCGGCUGCGGCAGGGCGCGGAGGGGCUGCAGCGGGAGCUCCAGAGGCUCAAGUGA